UCUUCCUGGAAUCUACCCUGAAUCACAGCUUUCCAUGAUCCUGCACCCAUGGUGAUCUUCCUGGUGAAAAUCUUCUCCCAGGAUCCUAUCAUGGAGAUCUGCUCCCCUCCUGGUGAUCUGAUCUGGGAUCACAUGUCUAAUUUGAUAAAGGAUCUGUUCAUGGGAUCCCACCACCCUCUGACUAGCAGAUAUCUUGGAUCCCGUACCCACAGUGAUCUAGCAAAGGAGGGCUCUCUUUCCUUCUGGAACUCAUCCCAGGGAAGGUAAUGCAGUGACUUCCCCCAGAGCUCCUGGAAGCCAGUGGGUCGGAACAGGCCUUGGAAUGAGCUGGAUGCAGUGCGAUGAGCUGGAGAGGAGCUCACUGGGGCUCUAGGAAACAGAAUCCCAGAGUUGAAAAGGAUUUCAGAGGCUGCCUUAUCCACCCUGCACCUGAGCAAGGAGCGUCUCCAGCAACUGGAAGGCUGAGGAGGGAAGCCUAGUGCUUCCUGAGGCUGCCCAUUCCUCUUGGAGUAGCAGCAGCUCUAAGGAAGUCUUUCCUUUAACUCCCCCUCACCCCAAGUUCUGCCUCUUGGGCCCAGCAGAGCAAGCCUUCUCCUUCUUUCAUAGGAUAAUCUUUCCAAUACCUAAAAGAUAGGUCUCACGUCUUCCUAAAGUCCUAAGCAUUGCUAAAUCUUUCAAAGGAGGCCCUUCUCCAUCUUUUUCACCUGGAAAGACAUAAACCAUGCCCUCGCUUUCCCUUUGGAAACCUUGAGGCUCCUUCUGAAGAAAGCCCAGAGGAUUGGGGUCAGGACUGGGGGCAAAUGAGGGGCCAUCACAGCACUGCACCCCAGCUUGAAUGGCACCACUGCCUAUUGGAGCACAGCCUAAGGGUCACCUGUCCCCUGUCCUUCAGGGGCCCAAUAAUCUGUGGGUUGGCCUUUCUCCUGCCCCCCCUCCAGGCCUCUAAGCUGACACAGCUGUCUGGGAGCAUCAGCCUCCAGGGCAUAAGAGGCUCAGGCUGGGGCUAAAGCUACAGAAUGCCUUAACCCUCCCUGAUACUACCAGCCUGCCCUCUUAACCAAUUUGUGGCCAAUUAGUGUAAUUGGGAGACUUGUAAAGAUGAAGCUCGUUAAUGUUUUAAAGUGAUGAAGCAAUUAGGGGCCUCGCAAGGAGGGUAAUUAUGGAGGGGGCUCCCCCUCCCUCUCCCAGCCUGCUCUGAUCUCCACCACUAUCUCCACUGUCAGCCUGGACAUACUGGCAAGGGCUAUUGUGGAUACAGAAGGUCAGAGCAAGAAAGGGAGACAGUCGAAAUCACAUAGGCCUGCUUUUAUAAAGAAGGAAACUGAGGUCAAAGGAAGAAGACGCGAGAGCCUGGGCUUGCAUGCUAGAACUAAACCCCAGGUCUCCUGACUCACAGCCCAGUGCAUGCUACCCAAGUCCAAGCUUCCUCCUUCAGGAGGAUGGCAUGGUGGUCAGACCUGGGUUUGAAUGCUGCCCUGAUAAUCUGUUAGCUAUGUGACCUAGAGCUCUUUCUGGAUGUCAGCUUCUUCAUGAGUCAAAUGGGGAUAAUAACACCACCUGUCACGAUCCACACCACAGGUUGGUUGUUGGGGAAAUCUUUUACAAACCUUCAAACCUGUUUAUUCUUCAACCGACAAGUGUUUUACAAUGCUGGCUGUCAGGCAGUGCUGAGCAGUGGAGAAGUAAAGAUAGAAGCGGCCUUAGGCACCUGGGUUUGCUCUUUGGGGUAGUUGGAGGCCUGGAUCUGGGGUGGAGACACAUAAUGGAGGUAGGCAAACAAUUACCUAGGUUUCUCUUUGGCCUUGCACUAUAGGAGGGUAACUCCCAAAUAUCUGGGUCCCAGACCCUAAGCCCAUCUCUCCAGAGUCUCUCCCUGUCCUCCCUGUCCAAAUCUUGGGGAGGCUGCUGGAGUCAUCUGUGGUCUCAGUGGGAGGUAGUGAAUGCAGCCUCUCAAGGCGGUUGGGGGUCGGGAGAUGUCAGGAUCUCUGAAUCUGCCUCUUGGCCUAGCUACUAACUCGUCAGUGACCUUAGGUGAAUCUCUGUGGCCUCAGUUUCCUCCUCUGUAAAGUGUGACUGCUUCACAUAAAGUCCUCCUUGCCUUCUCUAACUUCCCUUGGGGUUAAUGCCUCAUCCUUCGAGUCAUGCAAGCACCCUAGCUUCUCCAAGGCCAGAUGAGCGGAGCACAAACUCUGGUGAGUCGUGUUGAGAAGGAAAGGCAGUGAUGGACCAUGCCAGACCAUCCUGGCUACAUUCAGAGAGGUGCAGUAUGGUGGCUUCAGGGGGAUGAAAUGUGUCGGCUCAGCAAGUCUUGAAGACCAUCUAUCCAUGGUGAUCUGCUUUAGGUCCUUGGACGACUGAGGUUCAGGAACCCUGGGCUCUGAUCUCAUAGAAAGGAUUCCUAGUCACAGACCAGCCCUUUCCAACUCUGAGAUACUGUGAUUGACAUGCUCCCUAAUGGCUUUCCAUCCAUUAGUCAGAGGGACUGGAGGCACAAUGGAGGAAGUCUGCCCCUCUCCUCUAGUCUCCCACCUGUCUUAUAUCACUCUAUAAGCUGCCUGUCUACCAGGACUUCCCCUUUGUCCAUUCUACUCAGUUAACCACUUCCCCCACCCCCUACCACCUUCUAGACCCAGGGGGACAUCAAGGGGUAGCAGCUGUCUGUCAUCCUUAAAGGGGAAGGCCUCCCAAUUAAUCACUGGCUCUAAUCUCUCUUCCAGUUCUCCUCCCAUUGCUUUCUAGUCUGUAAGGGCUUAAGACAGGGGUCUGUAAAGAUCUGCAGAGACAGGUGGGUGUCCCAGGGAGGAAGACUUGACUGGAAGAGCCCCCUGUUCCUGGUGAGUGCCAUGUGGCUAAGGGGGUGGCUGAGACGGGAUAGAGGUGGGAAGAAUCGGGUGGCUGGCAGGAAGUAGUGUCAAGGGGAUGGUUUGAGGGGACCCGGUGGAGUCAGGAUCCCCAACAAUGUGCCCCCCUGAAGACAACCCUGAGAGAAAGACAGACAAUGGACACACAGGGAAAACAGAUUGAGCCAGAUAGAGACAAAGAAUUAGAAAGCAAAAUGGAGACAGAUAUUUGGUGGCAAAGAAAGCCUGGGAGCCAGAACACCUGAGUUCUAGCGCUGUGGAAGAGGGAGCAAAUAUCUGCUUUUAGAAUCACAAGAUCUCAGGGGCAGACAGGGUUUCAGAAGGCAUCUACUCCAAGCCUUUCCAUUCUUAGAAAAGUUGUCAUCCAGUCUAUAACUGAAAAGCUCCGGUAACAGCCACUUCCGGGGGCUUCCCAUUCUGCUUUUGAGCAGCCCUGAUUUAUAGGAGAUAUUUUCUUUUAUUGAACCAAAAUCAGCUUCCUUCCACCCUCACCCUGUGGCUUCUUUCCUUUAUUUCUUCCCUUUGUGGCCAUAAAGAACAAGCUUAAUUCCUUUCCCACAUAGCCCUUCAAGUAAUUGAAAACAAUUAGCGUAUGUCCCCUGAGUCUUCUUUCUCCAGGCUAGAUGUCCCCAGGUCCAUUAAUUUCUCGUGUUUUCCAGUGCCCUUCCAUCCCAGCUGCCCUCCUUUGGAAAUGUUCUGGUUUAUCAGUGUCCUUCAGAUGUUGCCCCAGAACCACGAAGACGAGGUGGGGCAAUGUUUCUGAGCAAGUGUGAGGGGGAGCCAGCUGAGGGAAGGCCCCCAGGCUCCUUGGAAGCAGAAGAGGCCCCCAAGAAGAAACACAGGAGGAACCGCACGACCUUUACGACCUUCCAGCUGCAUCAGCUAGAGAGGGCCUUUGAGCGCUCCCACUACCCUGAUGUCUACAGCCGAGAGGAGCUGGCCACACAGGUCAACCUUCCUGAGGUUCGGGUGCAGGUCUGGUUCCAGAAUCGUCGGGCCAAAUGGCGAAGGCAAGAGAAGCUGGAGGCCAGCUCCACAGCAGCAGUAGCAGCAGCAGCAGCUGCCACCAAACUUCCCGAGGCCCCCAUGCUGGCCUUUUCUCGGCCUCCCCCAGCUGCCUCACUCCCCCUGGACCCUUGGCUGACUUCAGGUCCCCCAGCCAUGCAUGCCUUCCCAGGCUUCCUGGGACCAAGGCCUGGUCUACAACCCACCUAUGGGCCUCACGCCUUCCUCCAUACCUCCUCAGGACCCCCUCCUUUUGGGGAGGCCUUUGGCCCCCUGGCAGAAGCUGGGGAUGCCCACGCUCGAAGCUCCAGCAUUGUCUCUCUUUGUUUUCGGGCUAAGGAGCACGUCCAGACUCUUGAUAGGACCUGGCAGCCUCUCUGACCCUUUGCUUGCCCUUUUUUGCCUUAGACUUCACCGAGGAUAGCUGGGCUUUCAGGAUCCUCUCUGCUGUGCUCUCUCCUCCUGCCCCAACCCACUUUGGAGCCCUUCAGGGAUGCCCAGCAGGAGCCAGGCCCCGUGAACAACUGUUGACAAGGGCUUUGACCAUGUUAAAGAUGGAGCAACUGAGAACCAGAAAGCUCAAGAAACUUGGCAAAGGCAACACAGCUAGAAAGUCGUAGGGCCAGAAUCCAAGAAGCAGGAUUCUUCCCAGGGGAGGGCUGGUAAAUGUUUAAUAACCAGCUCUCUAAAGACAAAAAAAGUACGCAUCCAGUCCUUUAAAAUUGGAUCUGAGUCAUUAAUGUUUUCUCCAUGACUUUCCUAAGGCUAGAUGAUCAACCAAUCAAGCUCCCAUUUGUAGGGUUUGCCCAUUCCUGACGCGUAAAUGUGCACACUGAAAAUUUAGCAGUCGGCUAGAGCUGCUCGAGUCACCUCCAGCAGAUCAACCCUGGUUCAUGGGGGGGGGGUGAGUGGGGACAGUGGAAGACAGGCCAUUCGUUGGUUCCUUCCCAUCUCUUCUUGCUGAACGGCAGGGGAAUGGGGGCACCCUGUGUUCAUGCUGCCUUCCCAAUAAAGUUGGGUAUGUACGAAAGGGUGACAACAUGGCUCUCUGUCAGGGGACUGACUCUGGGGCAACCAUGGGAAGGAGGCCCUAGAAUGUCAGCAGAGAACUCGGGUCCUGAGUCUAACUCUGGCGCUCCGCCCUUUAUGGCCCGCUA